CCUUUGCCGUUGCCGUUGCCGUUGCCGCCUCUUUGUCGAGACGAUCUGGUCGAUCUGUAGCGUGGACCGUGGAUGCAUGUGGAAUCGGUCUGUGCGGGGCAGCAACCUGGGUGCAAUGCAAAUACUCGGUCUCAAGUCGCAUAGCGGCCGCAUUAGUAUCUCCCACGCUUCAAUUCCAUCGUUGUCUGUCUGUUAACUGUAGCAUUUCUCGCCCUUUUCGCAUUGUUUACUGAAUAGGUCUUCGCCCGUUGCAGCUGAGCCCGCAAGCCCAAAGCAGUCUCGUAGCUCAACCCCACACCACUUGAAGCCUUUGCACCACCCGCCGACGCAACCCCAUACCCUGAAGCGUACUAUCCAGUACACGAAAGUAGUGUAACCUCUGACAAACCAACUGUCCUGUCUGCCACCGUCGUCCGCUUUGCCCGCGGUUACCGAACCGAGACAGGUAUCAAGGCCUGGGAACAGGCGCCCGCACGCCUCAGGGAAUGAGCAGGCCACACGAUUAUGGCUCUCUACCAGAAGAACCUCACUUCGAUUCCCAGCCAAACCCGCGAUACACCCCCGGAUAUGCCCCGCUGGUCAAGAAUAAGAGCACCUCGAACCUACUCUCACACUCGAGGCCUCUGCCCACCAUAGACACGACAAAGCGGCGGAGCAUCGAUGCGGAGCAGCUGGACCGCUUUGCAAGGUCACCUAUCCUCCCCGAGCAUGAACAUGGCCGGGGGGCCUCUGGUCUCCGCCGCAUUCGCCAACAGCCAGUAGGCCUCCGUAUCCCACCGAAAACCCAGCGAUCGACAUCACUCAACAUUGCCACACCGCCGACAUCGAGACGUCCCUCUAUAACUGCUCCGUCGGCCCCAGCGUCUCCAACGUUUGCGUUUGGCGAAGACCUCACCCGCUUUCCGUCCGAGUCGCUGCACUCGUUCUCGUUCGCAACGCAAUCCGAGGAGUUCAUACACAACCGCCAGAAUGUGCUGAAGCGGUCCAUAGACUUCAUGCGGGAUAGGCUGGGGUGGGCGGCGACCAAUCCGGGGAUAGCGAACGCUCAGGCAAAGCUCAGCGGCGACCAGGAGGUGCAGAGCAUGAUGGAGUUGUUGACCAGGGCGAACCUGAUCGGUCAGGAUGGCACAGGAGCUCACGGCUUAGGCUCCUUGGGCCCCGUCACGGGGCCUGCAGACAUGUCUGGCGAGAACCCAUUCGACAAGGGCUUCAUCGCUAGCCGAUCGGACAGCCCUGACAGCAUGCUCGAGUCUACGAAGCCGCCGGUACACAGGGCCACUACAACGGACAUCGCCGAGACAAGUAGUAGACCGGAUUCUCAGGACACGAGGAGCACAUCGACUUCUGACCUCGCUUCGGAAGCAUCCAGUACAAGGGUAGCAAACGCCUCUCCGCCUCCACAACGACCACAACGUGCUGCUUUGAAACGGACACUCACCGAUGUGGCUUCUUUGACAAUACAAAGCCAACUGCACGAUGCCAUGGCACAACCGUACCUAUCAGGAGAGCAAGGGCAGGUCAAUAAAGUGUUAUCUCCAAGCACAGUUCCAGUUGUACCACCCAGUUUCAGCGGCGCACCUGGCCCACACUCGGCAGGAUCAGCGCCGCAUGGUCAUGGUAGUCGAUAUGUGCCAGCUGCCCAGGCUAUCUUUACCACAGAAACACGGUCUCCAUGGACCAUAACUUCUGCAAAUGAUCUGGCGUGCUUAGUGUUCGGGGUGACAAGAGCUGAAGUUCGUAAACUGGGUAUUUUGGAGGUGGUUCGAGAGGACCGGAGAAAGUGGCUCGAGGGCAAGCUCAAGCAUCCUGACACUAACUCGAAAGCAUCGCGCGAUCACAACGCACAACCUGGUGUGUCCUCGACAUCGAACUUGAAAGUAGGCAGUGGGCUUACGGCGAGGUUACUCAGCAAGGCCCCAUCACGGGUUGCGGCAGCAAGGAAAGCUCAAACAGACGAUGGAAGUGGAUCGUCUUAUUACAACGCAAAGAAGACAGGAAAGCUAAACCACGAGUCGAAGGGAUCAAGAGGCGUCUUGCUUUGCGGCGAUGUCAUACCCAUUCAAAAGCGCAACGGUGAGACCGGGUCUGCCAGCCUAUGGGUCAAGGAGAAGCGAGGCGGUCUCAUUUGGGUUCUAGAGGAGAUAGCAGAGGAUGUUGUCUACAUCAAUGUCGAUGAAGUAGGAUGUGUCUCCAAGGGCUGGGGAGCGACGGAAGCUGUAUUCGGAAGCGAUCGGUUACGGAGAGGCAUGGAUCUGAAGCGACUAAUACCUGGCAUUCCGCGCCUCAAAGGCACAAAUACUGGUGCGCUGGACUACGAUACCAUUGACGAAGUCCGCAGCUUCACGGCACGAACGUCCAACAGCAUCAACAUACCCGUUACUGUGGAAGCGUUGCUGGGUGAGCCAAUAUUCCGCGUCUCCAGCUUUCCGCACAUUGCUGGCAUAAUCGUGCUGUCAUCUUCUGAUCUUACGAUCACAAGUUCGAACUCCGUCUUUUCGUCUGCUUUGUUUGGCCAACCACGACCCGAAGGUGUUCACGUAAGCAAGCUUAUACCUGCAUUCGACAAGAUACUACAUGUCAUGACCGACGAAGAUAAGAUUGAGUUGGUCGACGGCAUAGUCAUCCCUGAGCAUAGCUUCCGGCGCGCCCGGGCACUUCUUGCUAUGCGAGAAGGCAGCGCAGAUGCCGCAGCCAUCUUCUUAAGACCAAGCGGGCUUCCCGCCUUACACCGCGAUGGAUCCGAAAUCAUGGUCGACGUGCACAUGAGGGUGGUCAAGAGUGAGAAGACACCUCAAUUCGAUGAGCACGCGAUUGAAGAGGAACAUGGCGCAUCGAAGCCACAGAAAGGAUCGGAACUAGUGUAUGCCUUAUGGGUAACAUACUCGAGGCAGCUUCAUGCUGUUAACCAUGGAAUUGGCCCGGUCACACCUCUCCUAUCACGUCCGCCAUCACCCCACCAACCGGAACCAGGACAGUCAAAUGUCAUUGUACAUGAAGAGCCAGAAUCUCAUCAAUCGCGAGCGAAUACGCCUCCUGUUUCGUUACUAACUCAGCAGCUUCGGGAAGCUACACGACCUGACACCCCAAGAGCAUCACAAUCGAGGUCAAUGGCACCACCUCCGGUACCAGUGAGAGAAGAGCCACCCAAGAAGAAGACGAUCGGUGAAUUCGUGGUACUGGAGGAUAUGGGCCAAGGCGCGUACGGGCAAGUCAAGCUCUGUCGGUUCAAGAAGGUCAGCAGCAAGAAAGUCGUGAUCAAGUACGUUACAAAACGUCGUAUCCUUGUCGACACUUGGACACGAGACCGCAGACUCGGCACCGUACCUUUGGAAAUCCACGUGCUGGAUUACCUCCGCCGAGAUGGCUUCAAGCACCCCAACAUCGUCGAGAUGUCGGACUUCUUCGAAGACGAUAUCAACUACUAUAUCGAAAUGGUUCCGCAUGGCUUACCUGGCAUGGAUCUCUUCGACUACAUUGAACUUCGGGUGAACAUGGAAGAGAAGGAGUGUCGUAAGAUCUUUGUACAAGUUGCGGAGGCAGUUCAUCACCUGCAUACCAAGGCAAAGGUGGUACAUCGUGACAUCAAGGACGAAAAUGUGAUACUGGAUGGCGAAGGCAAUAUCAAGCUUAUUGAUUUUGGGAGUGCGGCAUAUAUCAAGAGUGGGCCUUUUGAUGUUUUUGUGGGGACUAUCGAUUACGCCGCCCCCGAAGUCCUAGCUGGCCGCUCUUACCGUGGCAAAGAACAAGAUGUCUGGGCCCUCGGCAUCCUGCUCUACACCGUCAUCUACAAAGAAAACCCCUUCUAUUCUAUUGAUGAGAUUAUGGAUCAUGACCUCCGGGUGCCAUGGGUCAUGAGCGAGGAGAGUAUCGAUCUGGUGAGGCUGAUGCUGGAUAGAAACGUAGAGAAGAGGAUCACGAUUUCUCAGGUUCUAGAACAUCCCUGGUGUAGAGGAGAUGAGACUGAAACUUGAGCACGAGCACGAGAACGAUGAGCCGUACACCGUAACGAGAAGUUACAGCAAGGUUGGGGAAAGUGGGAGUGAGCAGUGCACAUGGUAUAGACGCCCAAGGAACUGCUUGGGCAGCACGGCAAGCCGCGUUUGACAUAUAAGAAGGCGGGGGCGACAUAUAGAACGAUUUGACGACCGACGAUGAUGAUGUUUUGCAUGUUUCUUUUUUUGCAUGAGCGAGCUAGCUAGCUGCUGCGUUCCCCAGCCCCCAUAGGCUUUGGCCUUUGUUAGGCUUCUUUCUCUCUUUCUUUUUACCAAUUCUUAUUCUUAUCGUUUAGUAGCGGCGGCUU